UUGUAGCCUGUUUUUGAAGUGUUUAUUGCGUUUUUUGUAUGUAGUUUUGUAGAAGAAUCAUGGACAUCGAGAAUCCAGCUUUUACAGGCUUUUUUAAUGAAGGUCAGAAACGAAUAGAUCUCGUCAUAGUAAUAAAUGAGGUAGAUGCCAGUGAAAAAUUGCAUGAGAUUCGUAUGACAUUUUUAAUGAACAUUCUAAAAUUGGGCUUAGAACUUGAAGUAGAAAUAGGAAAGUUGACGGAACAUAAGAAUUUGCUAUUCGUUAAAGUGCACGCUCCGGACUCAAUAAUUAAAGAAUUCGGCCUACUCUUUAAUGAGCGCAGAUUCUUUAAAGAUAAUCAUAUUGACUUCGUUCACCCAUAUUUCAAUUUCAUUGGAAUGAACCAUGAGCGAGACCUAAUUAAAACAAUACGAAAUCAAUACCCUGGACCUGGUACCUACUCAACUUUGGAGAGGAGCAUGAUUGUAUAUAAAAUUCUUCUUCAGCUACCUUUUGGUCAACAUGAAAAUCAUUACGGAAUAGAUAAAUUAAUUAAUUCAAAUAUUGUAUUAGAUGCAUUUGCUUUACAUGAUGGGCCAUACUUUAUUACACCGAAACAGAAAGCGUCUGAAUAUAUUAACGCAAGACAAGUGCUUUUUUAUAAUUGGGUUGGCUUUAUCAAUAUAUGGAAGAUGCAACCGAUUCAUAUGAUAAAAGAGUAUUUUGGUGAAAGGGUUGCUUUCUACUUUAGUUACUACGAGUUUUUCAACAUCAUGCUAACAAUUAUAACGGUGGUCGGUGCAUGGAUGGCAUUCGAUCAGUAUUUUGCAACAGUUAAACCCGAUCCCUUUACGUAA